AUGGGUCCGUGUUCUGCAGCAAGCGCAAUUUCUAGAAUUUCUCCUUUAAUUCGUCUCGUUAACCCCUAUUCUACCCAGUUUUCCCCCAUCACCUGCUUCUUCAACAGAACCCAGAAGCCAAAGAAAUUUCAUCAGUUUCGGGUGUUCUCGAUGGCGUCGGAGUCGAAGGAAUCGCCGGCGAACAAUCCCGGUCUCUCUGUGACUCGUGACGAGGCUACAAAAGGAUAUAUCAUGCAGCAGACUAUGUUUCGGAUCAAGGACCCCGAAGUUAGUCUUGACUUUUACUCGCGCAUACUGGGAAUGUCAUUACUGAAGAGGCUGGACUUCCCCGAGAUGAAGUUUAGCUUGUACUUCAUGGGGUAUGAGGAUACUUCAUAUGCUCCAACUGAUCCAGUUGAGAAAACAGUCUGGACAUUCGGUAGACCCGCUACUAUUGAACUUACGCACAAUUGGGGUACCGAGAGUGAUCCAGAGUUUAAAGGGUAUCACAAUGGGAACAGCGAGCCUCGUGGUUUUGGGCACAUCGGGGUUACGGUUGAUGAUGUUCACAAGGCGUGCGAAAGAUUCGAAAAACUUGGAGUGGAGUUUGUGAAGAGACCGAACGACGGAAAAAUGAAGGACAUAGCGUUCAUCAAGGACCCCGAUGGCUACUGGAUAGAAAUCUUCGAUCUCAACACUAUCGGGAAAACGGCGUGAAUGCAGCUUGAGAAGGGUAACACCCGAGUCAUCCAUGAAAAGUCUCGAUCCAUUUCCCCGUGUCCGACUGUUACCAAACCACUGAAGGUUUACAAGCGGUUCACUCAUGGAUUGAAAAGAUCUCUAAAGAUGAUAGCUAAGAAGUGAGCUGGCAAGAAGUUUAUUUUUAUUUCGUAUGUUCUGUAUUUUUAUUCCAGCUUUGUAGUUUGUUUCUCGGUAGUGUGAAAACACUUGGGUAGUUUUAUUUCCUUGUUAUUAGGAGAAGUUAUUUCCCUUACGUUUGUGUACUUUUAAAUGCUAAGAAGGAAAUGGAAGGAGACAUCUUGAAAAUCCAA